UGGUAAUGAAAUUGGUGAUAAAGGAGUAUAAAAUAUUGCAUUAAGCUUGAGUAACUGCACUUAACUUAAAAAUUUAGCUUUUAGCUCAGAUAAGAAUUAAAUUGGUGACGAAGGUGCAUCAGGCCUAGGUUCUGGUUUAGCAAAUUGCAUUAAUCUCUCAAAUUUGACACUUCACCUUGGUGGAAAUUAAAUUGGUGACCAAGGUGCAUCAGGGUUAGGUUCUGCAUUAGCAAAUUGCAUUAAUCUCUCAAAUUUGACACUCAAUCUUCGUUCCAAUUAAAUUGGUGAAGAAGGUGCAUCAGGCUUAGGUUCUGCAUUAGCAAAUUGCAUUAAUCUCUCAAAUUUGACACUUGACCUUGGUGAAAAUUAAAUUGGUGACGAAGGUGCAUCAGGCUUAGGUUCUGCAUUAGCAAAAUGUAUUAAUCUCUCAAAUUUGACACUUAGACUUAGUGGAAAUUAAAUUGGUGACGAAGGUGCAUCAGGCUUAGGUGCUGCAUUAGCAAAUUUCAUUAAUCUCUCAAAUUUGACACUUAAUCUUCGUUAAAAUUAAAUUGGUUCAAUGGGUGCAUCAGGCCUAGGUUCUGGUUUAGCAAAUUGCAUUAAUAUCUCAAAUUUGAAACUUCACCUUGAAGAAAAUUAAAUUGGUGCAAUGGGUGCAUAAGGCUUAGGUUCUGGUUUAGCAAAUUGUAUUAAUCUUUCAAAUUUGACACUUCACCUUGGUAAGAAUUAAAUUGGUGACGAAGGUGCAUCAGGUUUAGGUUCUGGUCUAGCAAAAUGCAUUAAUCUCUAAAAUUUAACACUUGAACUUAGCUUAAUGAAUUAAUCAUAAAAAUUCAAAGUAAUAAGCAAGUGUAUUAAAUCAAAAAGAUUAGUUAUCUUUAAAAAAGAAUUCUGA